UGUGAACAUCUUCUAUUGUACUGAGGUAGAUAAUUGUAUCUACACGAUACGGAUUAGUUCAACUCGUCACGGCUUCUCAAUAGAACUCCGAGAAUUUUAUCACGAAGCUAGUCAUAACUCGAUGGUCGUGUUGUCGUUCUGGAUAUCGUCAAUGAUUAUGAUACUUAUCUUCAACCUAUAAAGACAUAAACACAAACUAACAAUGAAACGACACUAUUUUAUCACUGAUAUCAAUGUAGGAAGACAAACACAGGAAUUUCUGGAAGUUUGGAAUUCACGUCAAUCUGUAAUCAAUAAGUAUAUCGAUAUGGACCUUAAUUACCGAUCUAUCGAAGUGUCCAGAACUUUAAAGGCAUCAUUUUGUAGACGAAGGCGUACUUCGUCACUGCCUUCAGAUACAGUGUGUUUUGCCAAUUCAUCUGGCAACAACAAUCGAACUGCUUUCUGCACUUUUCGGCUUGAAAAUGUCGACUGGAGCCCGUUCACCUUGGAUUCGGUGAGCAAGUUGAAUGUCUCUUGGCAUAAUAGUGACACGUCUGGCAUGGAUACUUUACACUUCAUUUCAAAUUUCCUCGAAAAGACUUUAUUAAUAAAGAAGAUUACACCAUUUAUUUGUUUAAUGAGAGUUUGCAAGACACUUUAUCAUCACUAGAACAACUCAGUGACUGGGGACGCAUAGAAAAUAUCUCUUUCCUUUCAAAAUAGUCCUCUCAGAUAAAUAUAUCUGAUAGCUUUUUACAAAUAUCCCAACAACUAGACCUAUCGGUUUCACACGCGAAUGCUUAACCUAUAGAACACUGAACCAGCUGACAUACAACGGUGUUAAUGUCUAACCUCAAUCAAUUCAUGAAAUUGUGUGAACAUCUCCCAUUGUACUGAGGUAGAUACUUGUAUCUACACGAUACGGAUUACUUCAACUCGUCACGGCUUCUCACCAAAACUCUGAGAAUUCUGUCACGAAGCUAGUCACUAAUGAGCUUUAUUCAAUAUGAUGUUUUUGAUUGAGAUCAUGAAUCGAUUGAUGUUAGACAACCAAUGAAAAUUUGAAAGCACUGGACGGCCGUUUUGUUC